UACUCUUUCUUGAAAUCAGUGAUCGCCUUCUUCCAAUACGUACUAAGACCCCAUUUUCCAGUCUAGCUUCGCUGCGCUAACUGUAAUCUGUAUUCACCACUUUCUAGAUCUCGGAACAGAUCUACUUUCUCAUCAGAAUUACGUCAGACUUCAGCCAUGGCCGCCGCCACUCUCGCGAAUUUGAAGUUCUCAUUGGUGCUGGUGCUGAUCCUCCUCGUCGCAUCGGUUUCAAGCUUCGCGAAAGUUCCUCCGACGUGCAAGCGCAUCGAGUGCCCUUCCUACGAUGUGAUUCACAUCGGCGACGGCUACGAAAUCCGCCACUAUAAUUUCACUUUCUGGGCUUCCGUCUACCCAUUUCAAGACAUUUCUUUUGCUAAAGCCACCAAAGCUGCAUUCACCAGGUUAUUUGAUUAUAUCCAAGGAAAGAAUGACAAGAAGGAAAAAAUUGAGAUGACAGCACCUGUGGUCACUGAAGUAGCACCUAUUAAUGAAACCUUAUAUGAGUCCUUAUUUGUGGUAAGUUUCUAUGUGCCAAAGAAGAACCAAGCAGACCCUCCUCUCGCAAAAGAUCUCGUCGUGGGAAGAUCGAACCCUGUGUAUGCAGCAGUGAGGCAGUUCAGUGGGUUUGUAAGAGAUUCUAAUGUUGGGGAGGAAGUUGCAGCCUUGAAGGCCAGUAUUGCAGGCACUAAGUGGUCUUCUGUCAUUGAAAAGAGCCACAGAGGUGGAUAUGGUUCUGUUUAUUGUGUUGCUCAGUACAAUGCCCCUUUUGAGUAUGAUGAUAGGGUGAAUGAGAUUUGGUUCUUGUUUGAUAUGGAGAAUGGAAGGCAUUCUACUUGAAGUUAAUGGGGGAGAAAUAAAGAGCUUGUUUGAUUCUAUUUUUGUUUUGUUGUUUGAAAGAUCAAGGACUCGUUGUCGUUUGAUUC